GUGGUUCUGUAUACAUAUUUCGAUGCUACACCGUGUUUGGGAUGAGUCAGUGGGCAGAUUUAGGUGUAAACAAAUCAACUUUUGCAAUAAUUACAUCAAAAAUUCUUGUAGUGAACGAAGAAAUACUAAUAAAAAACGGAUGUUGUAAGAUUGUUUUUGGUAGAUUUAAGGUAUGCUUAGACAUGCUUCCACUGCUUCUCUUGGUACUGGUUAUAUUUUUACUAUAUUGCCGAGCCAUACAAUGUUUAAGUUACUGGAAAAAGCGAGGAGUGCUACAAGAAAAUCCGCAUAAACUGCUUUGGAAUAUAUUGAGAUUUCGACGGAAAUCUGAACCAAGUUCUUCUGAAUUUUCGUCAAUAUAUAAUCUAUCUAGAAAUGUUAGAUACGUAGGAUAUUAUCACUUUACGACUCCAAUUCUGAUGAUAAAAGAUGAAUGGCUCUUGAGAAACAUCGCUGAAAUGGACGCAGAAUACUUUUAUAGUCCUGACCAAUAUGUACUGAAACGUGAUGAUCCAUUAUGUAACAUAAACUUAAGAGACCCAAACUGGAAAGUGUAUCUGACAAAUGGAGACCUGCGACGAAUGUUUCCAAUUUUAGAAGAAUGCUGCCAAAAUUUUAGUAAAAAUUUCAUGAAAAAUUAUGUAGAUAUCAUUGAUGUGCGGAUAAAAGAUACUGCUACUAGUUUCGUUAACGACAUAAUAGCAUUCACUGUUUUUGAUAUUUCUCUGGAUCCUAAGGACAAGGCAAAUAAGAAAUUUUGUCGUAUGAUUAGAAGUAUAACGAAUUCCACUAUUUGCAAAAGCCAAAAGUUUUGGGGGCAUUCCUUUGUAUCAAAAAUAUUGCAAUUUCUAAAUAUAUUAUAUUCUAUUGACUCACAACCUAAACAAUAUUUUAUGGAUCUUCUUCAUGACAAAUUGAAAUCAAGAGCAGCAAAAAAUAGUACUCGUCCUGACAUAAUUCAAUUAAUCUUAGAAACAAAGUACGAGAAAAUGCAGCCAACACAAAAUUCCACAGAUAGAGCUGAUAAUAUAGAAAAAUCACCCUUGGUACCAUCAUCGAUUAAGAACUCAGAUAUUUUAGCACAUUUUCUACUGUAUUUGCUAGCUGGAUUGGAACCCGUUUCCAAUUUGAUUUCCUUCGUAGCCAUUGAGCUGGCCCUGGAUAAAGACAUUCAGUCAAAAUUAAUAAAAGAAGUUGACAACAGUUUUGAACGUUGCAAUGGAAAGAUGACCUACGAUAUCUUAACGAAAAUGAAAUACUUGGAUAUGGUUAUUUCAGAAGCGCUUAGAAAAUGGCCUUACUUUGACACCAUCUACCGCAUUUGUAACCAAACGUAUGUCAUAGAACCUAAAACCAGCAAGGAAAAAGAAGUGGUUUUGGAAAAAGGAUCGGUUCUCUGCAUACCCGUAACUCCAAUGCAUUACUCGCCCAGAUACUAUGGUUACUCUAGAAGAUUUGAUCCAGAAAGAUUCAGUAGCCAACAUCGAUGUAUCAUCGAACCUUACACUUAUUUACCAUUUGGUCUGAGCGAAAAGGGCUGUAUGGGUUCCAGAUUCGCCGUUUUACAAACUAAGAUAUUUUGUGUACAUUUGCUGCAUCAUUUUGAGAUAAGUGUAAGCGAGGCAACUAAGCUGCCUCUAACGCUGACUAAGGAAAAGGCUCACCAGUAUGUUCUUGAUCGAAUAAGACUGUCUUUUGAAAGACGUAAGAACUGAUGUUUCCUAUUAUGUUAUAUAAGAGUAUCUGGCAUAGGAGCAUGAUUUUUCAGUCUCUGUAUUUGAAUUGGUAAACAACACAGCCUUAUGUCGUCAUUUUGGCUUCCCAUGGCCUUAUCAGACACUGAGGCUAAAUACAAAAUCAAACACAAAAGGGUACCCCGUCAAAAUAGACCCGUCGAAAAAGCUCCGACAAAAUAGCCCCGACAUAAUAUCCCGCACACAAAAUAGCUCCGACAAAAUAGCCCCGACAAAAAAGCUCCCUUCAGAAUUCAUCAUGAAAUAAUUCCUUAAAAAUACAUUUUUUCGGAAAUGGUAAUUAUCCUCUAUUCAGAUGUUUAUCUUAACCACAUUAAAUAAAAAUGGUCUUUUCAGAGAACUCGAGUCCUGUCUUCUCUGCCUCUUGGAAGUUUGAACAUUUACUUUAAGCGAAAGUAAAUGUUUAUUUAUAUAAACAUUUUUUCUGUUUUCGGGCAACAGUAAAAUGCAUUUUAAAUUAAAUCAAUUAAAUACAUUCUUCCUUUUUGUCAAAUAAUUUAAAUUAAAAAAAAGUUUUUGGACACCUUGUAUAAAUAAUUAUGUAAUUGUUUAUAUUAAUAAAUAGAGAAUUAAUGUCCGGUUGCACCAACAGAUCUUAAGCUUAAGUCGAGAAUAUCAUAAGAAUUAAUGUAAUAUAAUUAUAAUAUAUUACAAUAAGAAUACCAUAAUAUAAUAAUAGAUAUAAUUGAUAAUAAGGGAAGAAUCUAAAAUUAUGGUGCAACGUAAGUGAUACUCAAGGAGACCCUAUCUAUAAGUAGAGCUUAGCUGAGCUGGAGCUUAAGAUCUGUUGGUGCAACCAGGUAUAAAUAACCUUUCAAAUGAGCUUAAAAAUAAAGAUCGUCGCCGCGUCGCAGGUUUACGAAAUAACUAAUUUAUUCCUUCCAUUUGCACCAUACUGUACGACUGAAUUGCUGAUAUGAAUUAGUCAGAUUAAAUUAAAUUAUUAGAAGAAUUUUUUUACUGAGCAACAUCAUUUUUGUUUAAUUUAUUAAUAUUUUGUAUUUUGACAACGACGUCCGAAGUGGAAGUCGAAACGUUAAUAAAAUAAUUUUUUUAAGUAAAUUGUGGCUUAUUUCCCAAUUAGAAUAGUAAUUUAAAAUAAAUAGUACUCCGUUAAAAGGUAAAACUUUUUAUUGGAGGUGUUUUCUAAGAGACUGUUUUAGCCGGGGCUGUUUUGACCAGGGCUAUUUUGUGUGCGAUAUAUUUUGUCGGGGCUAUUUUGUUUGCGGGCUAUUUUGUUGAGGCUAUUUUGUGUCCGGGCUAUUUUGACGUGGCUUUUUUGACGGGGCUGUUUUGACCGGGCUAUUUUGACGGGUCACGCACAAAAGACCAACAAAUUUCUCCUAACUGCGUGGCCUGGAUAUAUAAACAGGGAAGGGUAAAAUCAUGUCAGGUCCACAGCUGUACUGUCAAAGGUGGAAAAUACUGCGUACAGGUAUCGGAAGAUCUAACCAAAAUAUGGUAUCCUGGGGAUACCUCAAGGUAGAUGAUAGAUGAUGUGCAUGUGGUGUGAUCCAAUCAAUGAGACACCCAUUGUAAUGUCAUCUUGUAAACUGUGAGUAAGAGUGCUGUGAUGCAUAAUUAAUGGAAUACAACGAUCUAGCAUUAGCUGAUGUCAACCACUGGUUAAACGAAAUAUGAAAGCCUUAUUGUUUUAAUUCAUUUUUACAUGGACUUACAUCUCUUUGAAUGUAUUUUAUUUAUAAAAUUUCACUGUGCUGUA